AAGACGGAGGGAGGUCGAGUCUCUGGGAGGACGAGACGCAGAUUCUAACUGAGAGACAGGAGAUGUGUUAAAGGUGGAGAGAAAUGCUCUGCUGCAGAUGAAGUGAGCUACAACAGGAGAGCGUUUUGUUGCUGCUGCUUGAUUGGACACGUGGGGACUUUUUAAAAACACGUCAUCACAGCCGGACACUUUGCUUACGGUCUUCACAGAGAAUCGAUUCUGUCAGCAGGUAAAGGGAAUAUUAUGAGGAAGUUCCUGUGAGGAAAAUAACGGACGAACACAGAGGAAAUGAGGGGAGACUGAGCAGAGAGGGGGUUUAAUGAAACAGAGACAAGUGCAGAAAUCAUCUUGGGUCGGGUGCAGCAGGACUAUGAUUCUCCCUGUGGUGGUUUUGCUGGUGCUCCUGUUGCUCUCUGGACCCAAGUCCUCUAUCCAGGGAGACACUCAGGAAAUCGAGGACAGCGAGGAGAUCUUGGAGAGAGAGUUCAUCUAUGCGCCGAAGCGGCAAAAACGUGCCGCGGUUGACCACAGCGCUUCCCAAACAGACAAAUGUUCCUACACCUUUGUUGUCCCUCAACAGAAAAACAACGGGGCAAUCUGUGUGAACUCCAAGGAGCCCGAGGCCCUGCUGGAGAACCGGGUCAAUAAGCAGGAGCUGGAGCUGCUCAACGGCGAGCUGCAGAAGCAACGGCGGCAAAUUGAAGCGCUGCAGCAGCUGGUGGAGGUGGACGGGGGGAUAGUCAACGAAGUCAAGCUACUGCGCAAAGAGAGCCGCAACAUGAACUCCAGAGUAACGCAGCUCUACAUGCAGCUGCUGCACGAGAUUAUACGCAAACGAGACAAUGCUCUCGAGGCGUCACAGCUGGAGACCCGCAUGCUCAACCACACACACGAGAUGGGGAGGCUAGCUUCGCGCUACAGCGACCUGGAACAUAAGUACCGGCAUCUGUCGGCGAUCGCUAACAACCAGAGCACUCUGCUGGUGCAGCUGGAGGAGCACUGUAAGCGGGGAGGAUACCGGUAUACUGCGGUGCAGGAGAGGAGCCGCCCUGCCCGUCCACAGGCUCCUGUGAUCCCUCAGCCUCCUCUGCAGAUGCCAGCAUUGUCUCCUGGAGGAUACAGACCCUUCCAUCCACCCACCUACACCCGCCACACCAACAACCCCAUGACCAAUGAGAUACAGAAUGACCAGAAUGCCAAAGCUUUACCACAUCCGCUCACCACAAUGCCAAGUGUGUCAUACAGCUUUACCAGCGAGCCCUCUGGUCCUUUCAAAGACUGUCUAGAGGCUCUGGAGGCCGGAUACACCACCAGCAGCAUGUACCUCCUGAAACCAGACAACAGCAACCAACUCAUGCAGGUUUGGUGUGAGCAGAGACAUGACCCUGGUGGCUGGACUGUCAUUCAGAGACGUCAGGAUGGCUCUGUGAACUUCUUUAGAAACUGGGAGACCUACAAGCAAGGGUUUGGAAACAUUGAUGGCGAAUACUGGUUGGGCCUGGAGAACAUCUACUGGCUGACCAACCAGGGCAACUACAAGCUGCUGGUGACUUUAGAAGAUUGGAGCGGUCGCAAGACCUUUGCGGAGUACGCCAGCUUCCGUGUUGAGCCUGAGGACGACUUCUACAGGCUACGAGUGGGCCGGUACCACGGCAGUGCCGGAGACUCUCUCACCUGGCACAACGGCAAGCAGUUCACCACACUGGACAGAGACCAUGACGUCUACACAGGUAACUGCGCCCACUACCAGAAGGGAGGAUGGUGGUAUAACGCCUGUGCUCACUCCAACCUAAAUGGCGUGUGGUACCGUGGUGGGCACUACCGCAGCCGUUACCAGGACGGGGUGUACUGGGCCGAGUUCAGAGGAGGAGCUUAUUCUCUGAAGAAAGUGACCAUGAUGAUAAGACCCAAUGCAAACACCUUCCAUUAACACUUUGGUCACUGGAAACUGAACAUAUUUACUGGACAAACAACAGAGGGUUUUAUUUCUAUAUCACACAAAGCACAAAUCCUUGAUUUGAUCCUCAGUCUUUGCCUUUUUCCUGUUGGUGGCCUUAUAUUCACAUUGUAGCUCAAAUUGCAAAAGAUCCAUGCAGAAUUUAUUUUCAUUUUAUUCAUCCUACAGGUAUAGGUAUGGCUGGUACUUCCAAUGUAUUAUUGGUGCUUAUAUUAUCUAUGUCUAAAAUAUACUGUGAUCAAUUCUACAGGAGAGAAAAGUGGUUAUUUAUUUUAAUAGCAUUUUGCAGAGAAUUGCGGUAAAUUUAUCUAAUUUGCCAGGAUAAUCUCCUUUCCAAGUCCAUUUGCUUGUUAAUAGCAUCUGCUAUUUGGAUUUGACAUAGUUAGUAAAACCAUGGGUUGUAAGUCUUCUGACCACUUAGUUUGAGAACAAAGUAUAAAGAUCAACAUGCCAAGCAAAUUUCACUCGGUCAACUUUUCUUCAGUCUAAAUAGCAGACAUUCCAGCUACCUUUAUCACUGAAUACACUAUGCAUGUUCUUGAACUGGAUUGACUCUAUAUUGCUUGAUAGUUCUUAAAAGUGAGAUGUAAAGUUACAGGUAAGUAUUCCCACUGAGCAAAAACAGCCCCUUGGAUCUUCUUCACUAUAUCUUGAUCAACCAUUGAAGGGGCCGCUGUUAUAUUAUCCUAAAUUACAAAUUUCUUGGCACUGAAGAUCCUUGUUCUUGAUAUUUUGUGUCACGACUAUACAUUCAACAAUUUUAUGCUCCAAAAGCCAUCUGUGUUUCCGACAUACCUUUUUUUUCUAGCUUGAAACCAUAAUGGGACACAAAAACUCUCCACUGAAAAAACAGGACAUUGUUAGCCUAGCUUAGCAUAAAGACUAGAAGCAGGGGGAAACAGUUGGUCUGACUCUGUCCAAAGUUUUAAAAAAUCCCCCACUUACACCUCUAGAGCUCACUGAUUAACUAGUUUUCUCUCCGUUGUUGUAUUGCACACACCAAAACCUGUGAUAACCAACCGUAUCUGACUACCCACUCUAUAGCCAGAGCAAAGAGGUGCGGAUGGUCAUCGGUUGUUCUUCAAAAGAAAAAAAACUUGAGUACGGAUCUCCCCCAGUUUUGUGUUUCCCUCCUAUUUCAGAUCUUUACGCUAAGCUAGGCAAACCACAGCCUGAUUGGAGCUCUGCGCUUCUUGAACCAUAAUUACCAGCACCAACUUAACAAGACCUGCCCCCACGUCUUGGACAAUGUGAAAUCAAAUAAACCCUUCGAAUGCAGACAGGAUUUAGAAAAACAUUUAUGAAUACAAUUUCCCUGCAGGUGGUCUAUGUAAAAUCAGUUAGCCAACAGUUCAGUGUGUACAACUCAGUUAUUCCCUCUACCCACCAAAGGUUUCCUGGUCUGUUGGAAAAUAUCAGUCACUGCAUUAGUGUGCAGAUACAGUAUGUACCAGGUAUUCUGUGUAUAUAUAUGCUUUCUGAUUAAGAUUAUUUUUUUAUAGUCUGUAUGUAAUCCAAACUUGCAAUAAACUAUGCACAACUCUG